AUGUCGACAAUGCAAAAUGAAAGAGAGGUAUCUUACUCGAUCAUCGAAAUAACCUACAUCGAUGGACAAGAAAAAACAUUUAUCGAUCUCCUCGAUGAAAAAAUUAGUGCGAUAACGAGAGCAUCAAAGAUAUUGUUAGUGGUAAACAAGACUGAAAAUAGACAGCUUAUGCCAGCAAGUGAGUAUCAACACAACAACUUCACGUACAAACUGCAAUCUGCUCUUGGUGCUGAGAAGAACAGCGGAGAACCCGUUGUAUGGAUAGGAUGCAACAAGUUUCAAGUACCAGAAAUGAACGUAGUUAAUGAAAAAAAAUUGAAUGAAUACAUAUUUUUGAUUGGUGUAUACGAACAGAUGGAUGGUGCUGAGAGACAAGUUGCAAACGAAAAAAGCACCUUCAACACGAUAUCUGAGGAAGGGAAACAAAAGAGUCGCUAUAAAGGGUAUUAA